GAAAACCAGAACGAGAAGUUACGAUAUUUUAUCAUAUGAUUAUUAUAAGAGGUUCCUCCUCCAAAGUGAGAUUGACAUUUUUAGGGGUCGACCAGAAAGAAAUCCAAAGUCGGUUCCUUCACCGAUUCACUUUGGUCUGACUUUUAUUGUCGUUGUGUAUUUAUUGAAUUCCUUUCCAUCAUGGAUCGUUCAUCGAAGAAGACAAUGUCUUACAGUUAUGGCAUAAUCUACAGAAUUCUUGUUGCUAUUGCAAUCUCAAUAUUGAUCAUGGUCUGUUUAUAUUAUUGUCUUGCUGGUCAAGGUGAACGCUUUUCAAUAGCAUGGCUUUUGUCAGAUUCUUCCCCUUUUAUGUGGUGCAUGGUUGGAAUUGGUUUGGCAAUAUCUCUGUCUGUUGUUGGAGCUGCUUGGGGAAUAUACACAACAGGUUCCAGUAUUCUCGGUGCCGGUGUCAAAGCUCCAAGAAUCCGCACCAAAAAUCUCAUCAGCAUCAUCUUCUGUGAAGCUGUAGCUAUUUAUGGCAUCAUUAUGGCAAUUGUGAUUGGGAACCAAGCCAAUGAUUUCAGCAUCAAUGAGGUCUCCACUGAUGUCUUAAGAAAUAAUUUUAUGUCAGGUUACAUGAUGUUUGGCGCUGGGUUAACAGUGGGGCUGUGCAACCUUGCCUGUGGGAUGUGCGUGGGUAUCGUUGGGUCUGGAGCUGCCUUAGCAGAUGCUCAAGAUGCCAGCCUCUUUGUCAAGAUUCUCAUUGUCGAGAUUUUUGGUAGUGCCAUUGGUUUGUUUGGAGUCAUUGUCGGAAUUUUACAGACCUCCAGAGCGAAGAUGACCACUACUUAAGUCUGUUGUUGACUUAAAACAGUUGACCAUGUCAUUUUUGGUCAGAUUUUACAUCCAGUCUUACUAAUAGACGCUGCCAACAUCAUAAUUUUGUUAAGGAGUUUGUAAGUGUGUAUGUGUUUUUGGUUUUUGUUGUUGUCAGUUCUUCCAUCAAUCAUUGCUGUUCUUAGGCUUUCCAAGUCUCUUCUUUCAAUACAUCCUAUCUCCCCCAUCCCCACCUUCACUUCAGCUUCGAUGGAGUUGUUUCCUACCCACCCCCACUCCCUUAUUCUUCAGAUUCUUCUUAACUGCUGUCAACUUCUCAAUAUCACAGGCUAGAUUCCGUCAAGGUUUUGCAGCCCAACAAAACACAAAACAAUUCAGAUACAGAAAUUCAUGUAGUUUCCCUUGGUUGGCAAACAUCCUUCGUCUUUUUUCUUGUUUCGAGUAGUCUUACAGUUGCUAUGGUGUUGGUAGUUCUAUAAACCUGGUCAGAACUUCCAGACUAAACAUGAUCAAUAAUAAUAAUAAUAAUAAUAGUAAUAAUAAUGUUGACAAACUGUGGAAACGAAUGGCCAUGUGUGUGGAUGGGUGGGGUGUCUCUCUAUCAUGUGAGUCUGUUUAAGUUGGUUUUCCAGUCAAAUUUACUUGGCUCAACUGUGACCUGAUUACAUUUUAAUUAGUUUAAUGUAAUUUCUCUUAAUAUGUCUAGUCUUGUACUCACACCUUCAGAAAACAAUUACAUACUGCAGACCAUCCGCAAGACAGUUG